CACUGCAAAAAGCUUGAGCCAUCCCCUUUUACUUCUCCCCUUCUGACCUUUCUCUGUUGCGGAACGUGAUUUAUGGAACAGUAGAAAAAGCCUUUUUACUCUCUCCCUCUCUCUCUCAUCUUCUCUAUAUAUAUAUCUACGUUGUAUGUAUAUGUCAUUACAAAAGCCAAAGUACUAUCUGUGUAAUCAUCAUCAAUGCGAAGGACACAGACCCACACCCCAACUGCACCCCCACUGUUCAGAGUUUACUCUUUCUCUCUCUAAAACCCUGGCGCGAGAAAUUCAGUCUUCAUUAAAACCUGUCUCAUUUAUUGAGUGAAAAAGGAAGAAGAAAGGGGUUGAGGAUAAGGUAUGAGAGUGGUGGCAUGGAGGUGGAUGAGAUUCAAGCUCAUGGCUGUAAGUUUUCAAGAGCAAGUAAUGGGAGGCCUGAUUCAGCAAAGUUAGGGCUGACUCAUAAAGACGAUGAAGAUGGAGAGCAGAAAAGGGGCGUCGGUGGAGUCGAUCUAACUGGUGGUGGCGGACUUGGUAGGAUUUACGGAUGGUCUUCCUCGAGAAUCGUGAGGGUUUCCCGAUCUUCCGGAGGAAAAGAUCGUCACAGCAAAGUUCUGACCUCGAAAGGUCCAAGGGACCGCCGUGUACGCCUCUCUGUGAGUACUGCUAUUCAAUUCUACGAUUUGCAGGAUCGGCUAGGAUAUGAUCAGCCUAGCAAGGCCAUAGAGUGGCUGCUGAAGGCGGCGGCCACAUCCAUCUCGGAGCUCCCUCCGAUAACUACUGCAUUUCAAGACAAUAACCUUAAGCAGCCGACGGAGAAGUCCAGCACUGGUGACGCCGCCUAUCAGCACCGGUUUGAUGAAAUUGACGGUGACGGCCUUCCGAAUUUCCAACAUAUGACACCUUGUAGUAGUACUUCUGAAACCAGCAAGGGUUCCGGGUUGUCGCUGUCCAGAUCUGAAAAUAGGGUCAAAGCCAGAGAGCGUGCCAAGGAGAGAGUAGCAGAAAAGGAGAAGGAGAAAGACAACGAGUCAUCCCAAAUUACUCAUAUGAACCCUAUUUCCCAAAACACUUCUUUCACCGAGCUCUUAAGUGCAGGCAUCAAUAAUGUGAGCAGUAAUAGCACGACUAGUCAUAUGGAUUACUUUACGAGUGGGUUAUUAGGCCCGGCCGUGGUAACUCGGCCAGGGCAGAUGCUCAUGGGAAGUCCGCUAUCUCCACCCCUAACGUCAGCGUCUUCACCGCUGUUUAGCUUGGCCGGUGACCACCCCGAGCUCCACCACUUCUCUUUUCUCCCAGAUCAACUCGUCUCAGUUCUCCCUUCUGCUAGGCGUAACGAAAACAAUAAUAGUCAGAACCAGUACAAUCUCGACUUCACAAUGUCGCCGUCUUCUUCUACUUCCGGCCUUGCCGGAUUCAAUCGGGGGACCCUUCAGUCCAAUUCUUCGUCUCUAUUUCCUCCCCUCCACAGGUUUUCACCAAUUGAUCAUGGAUCACAAAGUUUCUACACCGGCCCUGUUGCUCUACCUGUGCAGAAUCACCACCAUUUCCUGGCCGGUUUCGAUGCCGGACUCCAGUUGUACCCUGGCAGCGGCGGCGCUCAUGGUGUCAGCAGGCAUACCGGCCAUGAGAGCAAAGGAAAGAACUAGAACUUGUCCCAGGUAACUCGAGAAGUUGCCAUAAGUCCCUGCUGGAGCAUGGUUUCUUUGCAGCAGACUUUCUGUUGUUAAAUUAUUACUCACAAUUGUCCAUUUUCAAGUAAUUCUGCUGGCAUUCAUGUAUUCGGCUUAUUUGUUAAUUAAGCGCCAGCUCUCAUGCCUGUGAUGAGAGAUAAUAUGUAGCGAUUGCAAGUUUCUUUUUUUCCCCAAUAUUUGCUUGUGUUUUGAACUCCUUGUUAUCACUGUUUUGGAAAAAACAACAAUUUGAAUCAGUUGGAUGAAUGAAUCCCAAUGUUCUUUUUAAGAUUC